AUGGCUCCAGAGUAUCACAUCCAGGUCACGGACCUACCCUUUCCGCACAAAUACUACAUCGAAGCCAACAAGCCUAUUUACCCACCUCAGUCAGAAUACCUUGCCGGUCUACAACCUAUUCAAAAAGCAAUUUACGACCAGUGGCGGCAAAAUCGGUGGACAGACUACGACUGCUAUCGAUACUUCACAUGCGUUGAACGUUCCAUGGGCUUCGAAAGCGCAUGGCUUCGUCACAGAGGAUAUGAGGAACAGAAGAUUCAAGACUGGAAUGAGGCAUGCCAGGAGAUCUAUAUUGUGCCUGAGUUGAAAAAAGAAGACACCAAGGGUCAUCUGCUGCAAAUGGCUCUUGCGGCUCAGGAAUCGACUAUACGACGCGGGAGGGUGUGGGAGAAGAUUGAAGCGGGAGGACAACUGGAUUGA